CUCCGAAGAUCAGGAAGUGCGCUCUCCGUGCUCCAAUCGCUCUCUGUGAAUCAGCUGAGUUUGGGCUUUCCACCCAGUUGCGUUUAGCAUGAUCUGCACGAGAGAAAUUGGAAACGCACCCCCCCACCUAACGGUUGGUUGACCGUUUCUCAAAGCUUCAGUUACAGAACGGACGCUACACCCAGAACCGUUAACAUUCGCCGGUUUCCCGGGAUUUAGUGACAUUUGUUGGACGCACGCGAAUGGUCAGCUCAAACCCGAGCUUGUUUUGCAGUUGACACAGGCUGAGUAUGCUGGGGUGUGAGUGAGGCAUCAUGGAUCCCGAGGAGCAGGAGCUGCAGAAUGACUACCGUUACCGUAGCUACGCGGCGGUCAUCGAGAAAGCCCUGCGGAACUUUGAGUCGUCCAGCGAGUGGGCUGACCUCAUCUCCUCUCUGGGCAAACUCAACAAGGCCCUGCAAAGUAACCUGCGCUACUCUCUGCUGCCCCAGAGGCUGAUCAUUGGGAAGCGUCUGGCCCAGUGUCUGCACCCGGCCCUGCCCAGUGGAGUGCACCUCAAGGCCUUAGAGACCUAUGAGAUCAUCUUCAAGAUCAUCGGCACCAAAUGGCUGGCCAAGGACCUCUUCAUCUACAGCUCAGGACUGUUCCCGUUGCUGGGCCAUGCUGCGAUGGCGGUGAAGCCAGCCCUGUUGACGCUGUAUGAGCGCUACUACCUCCCUCUACAGAGGGCCUUACUGCCCAGCCUACAGGCCUUCAUCACUGGACUACUGCCUGGCCUGGAGGAGGGGGCUGAUGUCUAUGACAGGACGGAUGCGUUGCUAUUGAAGCUGUCUCUGUUAGUGGGCCAGCAAGUGUUCUAUGGGGCUCUGUGGGGCAGUGUGUUGGUCAGCCCUCUGGUCCGGCUACCCGCCUCUCUCUUCAUUGUCACACACUUCGACCGCUUCACCCCACCGCGCCAGCAGAGAUGCAUGCUGGGAUAUAACAACCGCUUGGUGAUGAAGGCGUUGUGUCUGUCUCUGCAGGACUCUAAUGUUCUGGUGCAGAGGAACAUGUUGGAGAUCCUGCUAUACUUCUUCUCCUUGGCCACCUGCCUGGAUCCAACAGAAGGCAGUAUUCCUAUGACCAGGGAGGACACGAUCACAGUGGUGUCUGCUGCUUCCCUCACGCUGCUCCGCAGAGACAUGUCCCUCAACAGACGCCUCUACGCCUGGCUGCUAGGCACAGACAUUAAGGGAGGUAUGAUUGCUGCAGACCCUGACCUCUCCAUCUCCAUGGAGGAACACACAGCCUUCUACUUCAACACCCACUCCAGAGAACUCCUAGUGCAGGCUUUGAUCAACAUCCUGAAUCAGAAAGAUGUGGAGGCAGACCCGGAGAGCGUGAUUGGUUAUCUCCGACCCUUCCGCAUCAUCAUCAGCCUAAUGGAUAAGCCAGAGAUAGGUCUUCUGGUGGUGGACAGUGUGUUAUUGGAGGCAGUGAGAGCGUUCUACAGCUACUGCAGAGAGAUGCUGGGAGAGGAGUCUAUCACCAGCACUGGCCUGACGGGCAAACAACUAACCAGUAAAAUAAAAGAAAACAAGAAUGCGUCAGAGAUCAUAAAGACAGUGAACAUGCUGGUGAGCUCCAUGAACAGUGAUUUCCUGUGGGAUUACAUGACCUGCCACUUCUGCACUUGCCUCAGUGACCUAGCUGACCUGCCGCUACCCACUCUGCAGUAUCAGAGUGCCUCUCCUGCUCCCUCUGUCACAGAGAUCUCUACCCUCAUCAUAUUUCUAAUGGAUGUUAUCCCUCUGGAGCUCCAUGCUGACAUCCAGUCUCAGUUCCUGCCCCAGAUGUUGUGUCGCAUGCUGCACACGCUCUGCACCCACAUGAAUACCCUGGACUUAUUGGAGCUCACGCAAGGCCUGGACGCCUGCUUCAAGGUGCUCAGUAAGAUCCAGAUGCCUGUGGCUUAUAUGGACAUGGAGGAGUCACAGACACAGGAAGUGGAGGCACAGGAGGAGAGCUUUGAAUAUGUUCAGUACAAUGACAGUGAUGAGGAGGAUAACGAUGAAGAUGCUGGUAAGGUCAACGGUAACCAUGACAACACAGAACAAGAGGAAGAACCUAAACUGAAUGGGGUUAUGGAGCACGAGAUUGGUCCAGGAGAGGGAGAAAGCCCCUUCCUGCCCCUUCGGUCUGAAGACAGCGGAUUGGGCAUCAGCGCCUCGCCGUCAGAGCUGCACCUCCUACCAGGGGCGGGCCUGGGCCCUGAGGAGGCAGGGAUUGUGAAAGAGGGAGAGGGUGUGUGGAGGAAGGGGGGCAGUGUGGAGACCAUAACCCAGUAUCUGCAGGAUAUCCUGGCCUUCAUCAUCAGCAGGUACCUGCUGGUUCAGGUGGAGGAUGUCAGGGGGCAGGAGGAGGCUGUACAACCCGACCCCGCUGCCCUCUCCCCUGGUCGGAAGUCCUCGUUCCGGGAGGGCCCUCAGAUCACCACCACCCAGAUCAAAGACAAGCUAGCCGAGCUCUUCACCCCCAACAAACACAAACCACGUGCCACCUCAGACCCCCCUGUCCCAGACCCCCCUACAGAGAGGAAGAAGGGGCGAAGGUGUGCGGGAGGAGGGGUGGACUGGGGGGCAGGGUACAUGCCCCGGAGCAGAGCGGAGAUUUCGGAGGAGUGUCGACAGGCGUUCACGGCAGCGUGCCACCUUCUGUUGGAGUCUACCACCUUCCCCCUGUACCUGAGUGAGGGGGAGAGCCAUGGGCUCUAUAAUGACAUGUUCAACCAUACAGGCAGUGACGUAGACAGCCUGCCUGUGUGGCUGAGGUCCUUGAUGACUCUGUGUUGCCUGUCGAGGGACUACCACGUGCAGCACAUGGCCAUGUCGUCUCUGCUGGAGCUCAUCAACCACUCACGGUCCCUGGCCCUGGUCAUUCAGGACAAGACCAGGCGCUACCAGGCCAGCGAUGGUAACCCUCUCAGUGGGCGGCUGCAGAUGGUCACUAUGCCCCCCAUCUACCCAGGUCUGCUAAGCACCAUCGAGCAGGGCACAGACUACUACCAGAUCAAGAAUGUUCGUCAUAUGAUGCUGCUGCCUUCAGUUGAUCCAAAUGAACACCAAUCAUCCUCACCUCUAACCUUAGAACUCUGUGACCCCAUGCAGCGGGUGGCCCAGGUGUUGUGGGGUCAGCUGGACGUGGAGCGUCGAGAGCAGCACACCUCCAGUGUAGAGCUCUUCUAUCGGCUCCACUGCUUGGCCCCCUCUGCAUCCAUCUGUGAGGACAUCAUCUGCCAGGCUUUAUUGCACAGAGACAAGGCUGUACGGUUGGAGGCCCUACACAGGUUCUCAGUGCUGUGGCACCUGACCAGGGACAUCCAGUCAAACCGGACCAUGUCUCUGAACCGCUCAUUUGACCGGUCUCUGUGUGUGGUGGUGGACUGUCUGAACAGCCCAGAUGGUUCUGUGAGUGCUGCAGCCCAGUGCUGGCUGGUCAGGGCUCUCUCCCUGCAGGAUGUGGUCCGCAUCCUGGAGCCUGUUCUGCUGCUGCUGCUCCACCCCUCCACCCAGCGCUGCACCAUCCAGAGUGUCAAACAGAACCUCACCGCAGGUAUUCUGAAAGAUUUAAAGAGCAGAAUUCGAAGCACUGCCAACAGUUACACGAACGCCAUAACAACCAGUACCCAAACAGAUGAAGGUACACUGGGUCACAUGAUCCUGGUGGACCGGGAGGCCCUGUGGGGGGAGCUAGAGCAUGACCCGGAGACAACCAAACCACCGGCCGACUCCACGGGGGUGUCUCGCAGCAAUAGCGAAGCUACAGAGGAAGAAGACGAACCGGAGGAAGUGGAGGAGGAGGAGAGUGUACACACCGAGUCGAGCGGCGUCCAGGUCUCCACUGAGAACUCUAGCUCUGGCUCCGCCCCUUACGGUAGUAGUGUAGAAGAAGGAAGCAUGGUCAACGGCCUGAGGAGGAUGGAAUCGGAACACACGCAGGCGUCAGAUUCGCUGUCGAGCGAGGAGGAGGAGGACUUGGAGCUUGAAGCCAUGGCUCGGUCACGUCUCCUCAAACAGGAGCGUGAGAAGCGGGAAGCCAUCGACUCUAUGUUCCGCCAUGUUCUGCUGUACUCUGUGGCCGGCGGCUGGCCCCGUCUGCUCCACGGCCUGGCCCUGCUGGACAGCCUGUUGAGGAGCAGUGCCCAGCAGCCACUAGUGAAUGCCCUCUCCUCCACCUCCCUGGACACCAGCUCAGCUGCACACCUCAAUCUGGUCUCCAACCUGCUCCAGCGCCACCAGCAGGCCCAGGACGGAAGAGGCUUCUACGGACGCCUACUCUCGCCCUCCAGUCCCCUCUCCCUGCUCAUCGAGCUGAUGGUGUCCCUGUGCCUGAAGUUCCUGCGCUCCCACUACCCAUCUUACCUCACUCUGGACCCCAGGGAGCUGCAGGGGAACAGAGAGGUCCAGGUGAAGAGCGUGGGGGUGCUGACCCGCCUGGUGACCCAGCUGGGGAUUGUGGCGCGGGGCCAGGGAGACACCUCCACGCAAGGGGAGGCUGGCGUCAGCCCAGAGCCCAUCUGUAAGCUGCUGGCCAGGUGUAAGGUGCAGCAGUACGCCCUCCUCACCCUCUCAGCCUCCAUGUACAUUAGCCAGAGAGGAACGGAGAAGGGCUCUGCCAUGGGGGGUGUAGAUCUGUUAGAUGAACAGGUAGGUCUGUCUGAGGAGAGUCUGGUGAAUCUGGGAGGGGCAGGGGGACAAGAGCAGUACCCCUUACAGAUGGAGCUGCUCAAGCUCCUACAGGCCCUCAUCGUCCUGGAGUACCACGUGUGGCCAGGGGAGUCUGGUUCGACCCUGCACUCCGAUGAGCCCCGUGACUCCCCUGCCCCCUCAGCACUAGCACGGGAAUGGCAGACAGCGGUUCUGUUCCAACAGUCCAUCAAGGCAGCUCAGUACGUCCAAACCCAGCCCAUCACAGCCCAGGGGAUGUUUGUGUCUGCUGCAGCCCGGGCUUUACAGCCGCAGUACGGCUAUGCCAUGCACCCCCACUGGGUGGCGCUGCUUUGCUCGUCUCUGCCCUACCUGGGGCGCUCGCUGGGCAUCAUCGUGGCUCCUCUCAUCACUCAGAUGUGCAGGAACCUGGAUGAGCUGGUCAAACAGUACGACGGGGGGAAGGCUACACAGAGUCUGAUUGGCAGGAAGGAGAACAUCACUCCUGAUUAUCCUCUCACCCUACUGGAGGGACUGACCACACUCACUCACCACUGUCUACUGGACAACAAGAAGUCCCUGGUGGCUUGUGACCCUGCAGACGUCCGGAAUGCCCGCAACGCUGUGAUUGAGGAGCUGCCGCACAUGCUCAGUAGCAUGGCUCUGCUGUGGGGUGUGGUCAAGAGGGAGGAGUCCCAGAGUAGGGGCUCAGACUAUUCCCAGACCGCCAGACACACCUCUACUUCUGUCUACUUCAGGAGCUCCAAGACCCUGAGACAGCGUGUGUUGGAAUUUCUGACUCCUCUGACGGGGCAGUACGGGGUGCAGCUAAUGGCCUCAGUGGGAGCUGUGUGGAGCAGCCGGAGGAACAGGAGGAGACACACCAAAAACAAAAUCUUACCUGUGGCCAGUGAGUCUCGUCUGACCAUCGUGGAUCUGGUGAAGUCCCUGGGCACUCUCAGUACAGAACAUAUCCUGCAAAUGGUCAAAGAGGUGGUGAAAAAACCCCACCAGAUCAAACGAGACCAGAAGUCCACCCUGGUAGACAUCCCCAUGCUACAGUUCAGCUAUGCCUACAUUCAGAGUAUUCCGGCACAGGCGCUCCAGGAGAACAUGGCACCCCUCCUCACUCUUCUCAGAGAAUCUGUGCAGCUCAACCUGGCCCCGCCCGGACACUUCCUGCUGCUGGGGAUCCUCAAUGACUUUGUAAACCGGCUCCCCAACCUAGACAAUAAGAAGUACACUAGGGAUAUGCAGGAGGUGACCCAGAAGAUCCUAGAGGCUGUGGGCGGGGUGGCGGGGUCAUCUCUGGAGCAGACCAGCUGGCUCAGCCGUAACCUGGAGGUCAAGAACCAGCCUCAGGUGUGUCCUGAGACAGAGGAGCCAUCCGACGAGCUGGACCUGGACCUCUAUGACUCUGAGGCUCAGGCCAGCACCAUGGUCUCUUCCUCAGCCCCUUCUGUGUACAGUGUGCAAGCCCUAGUGCUAUUGGCAGAGGUUCUAGCCCCUCUCCUGGACAUGGUGUAUCGCAGUGAUGAGAAGGAGAAAGCGGUUCCUCUCAUCUCUCGCCUCAUGUACUACGUCUUCCCCUACCUGAAGAACCACAGUGCCUACAACAUGCCCAGUUUUGGCGCAGGUGCCCAGCUUCUGAGCAAUCUGAGUGGGUACGCCUACACCAAGAGGGCCUGGAGGAAAGAGGCCUUCGAACUCUACAUGGACCCCCUCUUCUUCACCAUGGACGUCUCCUGCACCCCCCACUGGAGGUCUAUCAUCGACCACCUGCUGACCCAUGAGAAGACCAUGUUCAAAGACCUCAUGAGCAUGCAGAGCAGUUCUCUGAAGCUGUUUCCCAGUGUAGAGCAGAAGCCCAUGUUACUGAAGCGUCAGGCCUUUGCUAUGUUCAGUGGAGAGUUAGACCAGUACCACCUCUACCUGCCCCUCAUCCAAGAGCGGCUGACAGAGGCUCUGCGUAUGGGUCAGACGCCCUCCCUCUCUGCUCAGAUGUUUCUGACAUUCCGUGUUCUUGUGCUGCGGAUCUCCCCCCAGCACCUCACCUCCCUCUGGCCAAUCAUGGUCACAGAACUGAUCCGAAUAUUUGUUCGGCUGGAAAAAGCCUUGUUGGAAGAAAAAGAGGUGUCAAAGUUGACCAAAGUUGUACGUGGGGCCAUUGGGAAUGGGCCAUUGGCUUUCCCCCAGCCAGAGUUGGACAUGUACCUGUCUGCCUGCAAGUUCCUGGACACCGCCCUGGCCUUCCCCACAGAGAAGAUGCCCCUCUUUCAGAUGUAUCGCUGGGCCUUUGUUCCAGAAGUGGAUACGAGCUGCUACAGUGGCCCGGAGAAUAGUCUCCUGGAGGGAGAGCAGGAGUGCAAACCCCAUAUUGUCAAAGUACUAGAGGCACUACACCAACGCUACGGAAUGCUGAACGGGCUGAGCGAGGAGUCCUCUACGGAGCGUCUGGAGUUCCCCCUCCUCACCCGUCGCUUUCUCACCUCCAUCACCCAGCUUGCUCCCUUCCUCCAUACACUCUGCUGUUCCUUCCAGGGCACUUCACCCAGCAGCCCUCCAGAUUACCCUGUGACAGACUACCCUGCAGCCAGCGCUGACCAAGUCCUGAAGAGACUGGAGCACAUCACUGAGGAAGAGUUCCUAGACUCCAUGGAGAGUUAGAACUCCACCAAGGAUCUAGAUCUUAGAACGUAGAGGAAAUGAGAACUAGAACCAUAUAAAUGGAAUGUGUAGAAUGGGCACAACCACUGAAAGCGAUGUUGUAUUGUAAGCAUAUGCCAGCUAAAUGGUCAUAUUUUGGGAUGUUCUUUUGAAUUUUGAAUUGUUUACCUUACCUGGUUGAGAUUUAACACGUCUAUAUAGGAUAUUCUACAUUUGAGAUACUCUAAAAUAAUCUAGAAUUAACUGACACAAACUGGAAUGGCAGUUGGGGCGGCAGGUAGCCUAGUGGUUAGAGCGUUGGACGUGUAACCGAAAGGUUGCAAGAUCGAAUCACCGAGCUGACGAGGUAAAAAUCUGUCGCUCUGCCACUAAACAAGGCAGUUAACCCACUGUUCCUAGGCCGUCAUUGAAAAUAAGAAUGUGUUCUUAACUGACUUGCCUAGUUAAAUAAAGGUGAAAUACAUUUUGAAAAUUAGGCUCUCUCUGAGUACAAGUCUGAAUGUGCUGACUUAAAAUAAGAGUAGUACUGAUACUAACUAGCUUUUCGAGGCGACACUGGUCAUAAGAAGCACCACUGUAACCAAAGAGUGGGACAGCAGUACUGACUACUAAUUGCUCUACAAAGCUCUCCAUAAACCUGCUCCCUACUAUUAGCAUAUGUUGUAAUAUAUUCCAAUGAGACAGGAGUAGAUGAGUAUACCUGCUGGUCAGUGACUAUGGGACCUCUAAGGCUUUUAAUAGAGGAUGGUUGAUUUUUUUAUGUUUAAAAGGUCUGCUUGUCAUCAAUCAUGUCACAGUUUUAUUUGUGGGUAAAUUCUUUAAUGUGAUUUGUGUGCACAGUAAUACCUCUAGAUAUCUAAUAAGUUAAAUAACGUGUGGUAUCUGUUCAUGGGGAGUCUCUAUUUUUAGGUGUUUUGUGGAAUGUUUGGACAUAUGGUGCUUUCAAAGCAACUCAGAAUCUCUGAAAUUUGACUUGGAAACUAGUUGUAGAAUGAUGAGGCCCAAGUUUCUAGAAUCAACCAAUAGGAAGCUCUAUGCAAACAAAUGUAAAUUGACUCAGAGGUUCAGUUUACCACUUGUCAUGAAUACACCAUUACCACUCAACGCAAUUUUAUUCUUCAAAUGUGAAUGCUUAACUAAACUAUGUAAAUGUUUGACCUCCUGAAAAUGAUUACUUGUUAAUAUCCAAAUUAAUAUAUCAUGGUCUGCAAAUAAAAACAUUUAAAAAUG